CGCCCCAAACGUACGCGCCACGGAUGCCGGGAGCCGCGCGCGCUAUGGCGCCUCCCGGUUUCGGGGCUUCUGUUUCUUUGCGUCUUCUGGAACGCAGUUCGCUAUGAGGUUAAUGAGGUACCUGCGGCGGGCCGCUUCGGCCGGCCCGAAUCCGGGCCCGGUUCCCAGCCCGGUUCCCAGCCCGAACAGGGGUCCCGGUGCUGGUCCUGAGCGCAGUGUCCCGGGCCAAGUGGACUUCUACUCGCGCUUCUCCCCGUCCCCGCUCUCCAUGAAGCAGUUUCUGGACUUCGGAUCUGUGAAUGCAUGUGAAAAGACCUCAUUUAUGUUUUUGCGGCAGGAGUUGCCAGUGAGAUUGGCAAACAUAAUGAAAGAAAUAAGUCUUCUUCCAGAUAAUCUUCUGAGAACACCUUCAGUUCAACUGGUACAGAGCUGGUACAUUCAGAGUCUACAGGAGCUCCUCGAUUUUAAGGAUAAAAGUGCUGAAGAUGCUAAAGCUGUUUAUGACUUUACAGACACUGUGAUAAGAAUCCGGAAUCGACAUAAUGAUGUCAUUCCUACCAUGGCUCAGGGUGUGAUUGAAUACAAGGAAAGCUUUGGUGUAGAUCCAGUGACCAGCCAGAAUGUACAGUAUUUUUUGGAUCGUUUUUACAUGAGUCGCAUUUCAAUCAGAAUGUUACUCAAUCAGCACUCUUUACUGUUUGGUGGAAAAGGAAAAGGAAGUUCAACACACCGAAAACACAUUGGAAGCAUUAAUCCAAAUUGUAAUGUUGUUGAAGUUAUUAAAGAUGGCUAUGAAAAUGCUAAGCGUCUUUGUGAUUUGUAUUAUAUUAAUUCUCCAGAACUAGAACUUGAAGAAUUAAAUGUGAAAGCACCAGGACAGCCCAUGCAAGUGGUUUAUGUACCAUCACAUCUCUAUCACAUGGUGUUUGAACUUUUCAAGAAUGCAAUGAGAGCAACUAUGGAACACCAUGCCGACAAGGGUGUUUACCCUCCUAUUCAGGUUCAUGUAACACUGGGUAAUGAGGACUUAACUGUGAAGAUGAGUGAUCGUGGAGGUGGUGUUCCUUUGAGGAAAAUCGAUAGACUCUUCAACUACAUGUAUUCAACUGCACCUCGACCUCGUGUUGAGACAUCUCGAGCUGUGCCCCUGGCUGGUUUUGGUUAUGGAUUGCCCAUAUCUCGGCUUUAUGCACAGUACUUUCAAGGAGACCUAAAAUUGUAUUCCUUAGAAGGUUAUGGAACAGAUGCUGUUAUCUACAUUAAGGCCCUAUCAACAGAGUCAGUGGAAAGGCUCCCGGUAUAUAAUAAAGCUGCUUGGAAACAUUAUAAUACCAAUCAUGAAGCAGAUGACUGGUGUGUGCCAAGUAGCGAACCAAAGGACAUGACCACGUUCCGCAGUGCUUAGCUCUAUCUAGGCCAUCUGAAAAAACAAAGCAGGUUUCAAAUAUUAUAUUUGAGAGGGACUUUGAAAAACUUAUGCCAAAUGUUUCACUUCUGAUUUUCACACUCAAUGACUGGGUAGAAUAAAUGGAAAAUGAAUUCCAUAGCUAUCUUUCAGACCUCCCAAAGCAUUGAACUGUACCAUUUUAACUCUAAGAAGAAAGAAAAUUCUAGCUACUGUGUACAUGUACUUUAACUACUGCAAAUAUGGCUAACAUGUUUUGCUUCUUUUUCAAUGGAUUUCAGGGACUAGGUUUCAGGUAUAGAAAUGAUCAGGUUCCUCAUGGGACCCGUGCAAUUUAUCUUAUAUCUUUCAUUUAUAUCUGGUAGAAGCAUUUCCCUAAUUGUACUGAUUAAUUGGUUAACUUGCUUUUCAUAGUCUGGAAAAUCCUGUUAUUUGAUUCUACUCAGGAAUGAGAGUAAAUGAAAAUUAUUUUCACAUUAAUCAAUAACUGCCUAUUGGUUGCACAUAUUAAGGCAGAAAAUUAUUACCCUGUGGGUUUAAUACCACCUACUUUUUAAAUGUUGUAGUUGACUUCGAGCCACUUACUUUUAGAGGUAAAUUUUCUUUUUCUGAACAAUCAGUAUCUAGUUCUUUGUGUUAAGUCAAGAUCAAGAUCCUGUGAAAUUUACAAUGAAUGUUCUUUUGAUUAAUUUCAGGAGGAAAAUUGUUUAUUGCUAAAUAACUAGCAACUCUUAACAAAAUCCUCAGAAAUUUUGAGGGGAUCACUAUUUCCUAUGUGAUUAUAAUUUGUGUGGUGAUCCUAAUUAUGCCAUUAAGAAGCAGUUUGACAAUUGAUAGAGGGCCGGCAUUGGAGGUGGGAAGACCUAGGUCAGACUUGCCUUGACACCUACCAGUUGUGUUUACCAAAGGUCAGCCAUUUAACUUCUCCUUGCCUUAAUUUGCUAAGAUUAUAAGUUUAUUUGUGUUGGCGGGGGGAAUUUUCAUAACAAGAAUUCACCAUAACAAUGAAAUCACAGAUCUAGCUUCCUCCUAAAAAAGGGAUCCUAAUAAUGUUAGAAUAAUUCAUACAUAUCACAUGGGCAUAAUGAUACAGGUGUAGAUUAGAUUUCCAUAGACAUCUAGAAAAGCAUAAUAAAACCUCUCUCUCUCAAUUGGUCAGUCUCCUAGCUUCCUAAUUACUGGGAAUCUGAUUGUAUAGGUAGGGCACUUAUAUAGCCAAUUGUAUAUAAGAGAGCACAGUAGAACUGAAAGAAUAAGAAUAGAAUAAAUAACAAUUGACUGCAGAAAUUAGACUAACCUAUAAAAAUCCUAUGUAUCUUGGUAGGCCCAGUAGCAUUAUUCUGUCAACACCAGUAGUAAUUGAUUUUUGUGAUGUUACCAAAAAGAGGUCAGUUCUUCAGUAUUGGAGAUUUGACUAUAAAGUAAUAAGACUUAUUUUGUGAACCUUUUAUCAUUUUGUCUAAGCCAGUGGGGGAAGUGUCUCGUGCAUUUUUUUAAAAAGCUUUUUAUUGGAAAAUAUUAAAAUAGUUUCACUUACAAAAAAUAGUGUGUUUUCUGAUGAUGCAGGUUACAUGAGGUAUUACUGUGUAUGCUAUAUAAACAUUGCAUUGUGACCUAAUUCUGGAGGAAUAAUCGACCACUUAAAAAAAACAAUGUAUUAUUAGUUUACUACAUAUUAGUUGAUGAUGGGCAAAUGAUUCUCAUGCAUUACCAUUGCUAUUUAUAACUGUCUUAAAAUUUUCCAGCAAUAAUGAUGUAUAAAUUUUUGGAACUAUUCAAAUCAGAACAGGUUUUGAAUAAAUUAUAAAAUGAUCAUUGUCUUUCUUAAAAGGAAUUUUUGUUUUUUGCAAUUGAGGCAUAUAAGAUUGACAUUUUAAUUUUUUUAUCCUGUCAUAAAGAGUGCCCUUUUCCUUUAGACAGCUUAACUUAGACAUACUAACAUUUGUAGAUAGGAUGAUUGAUGUGGACUUCUUUCUGAUAAUUGUGAUCAUCCACAGAAACUUACAAAUAUGACAUGUUUUGUUUCCUCCUGGUUCCUUGUAGUUUUGCUUAUUACUUGAGUGAUUAACAGUUCUUGAUGACUAAGCUAUUUUAAAACAUAGUCAUCAGGACCUAAUUUAUGCAAAUAUGGUGGAGAUAAUUUACCUUUAACUAUAAUAUAUAGAUGUCAUUCAUUUUCUAAAUCAACAGAGCUGAGAAAGUCAUGGACUGUUACUAUGACAGAGGUUAUAGUAAAAUCGAUAAUUUUGUUUUUUGCUGUGAUUUCCUUUUCUUGAAUUAGGAAAUUUAAGUGAGCUAUUCAAAUGACAAUGUAAAGCAUAAUUUUCUGAAACAUUUUGUAUAUGGAACUCAAUUGAUACCAUGAAUUAAACUUAAGAAAACCCCUAACCUUUCAGAACUAAUUAAGUUUUACUACAGAGCCGAUGUGUCUUACACAAUAAAGUCAACUUUUCCUCCCUA